ACGGACAUCCCUACGUGAAUGUCAAAAUUUUAAUAUAACGCGAAUUCGGUUCAUUUUGUAAUGUUUGUGUAAAGUCAUUUAAUUUAAAUCUAAGCGAUUUCAAAACAGUUUUGUUCAGAGAGUUUGGUCGCAAUGGAUGCAGUUACGUCAAGCACUGACAAAAGCCUUCAACAAAAUCCAGCUGUUAGGCGUCGUCAGAUGCGCCAAAAAGUGUUGAAUCGUAUUCGAAAAGUUAAUAUCAAAAAUAAAACAUCAAAAUAUUUUUAUUAUUUUACUUACGAGAUUGCUGUGGAUGUGACAAACAAGCAAAAAUCGGAUGCGUCCAGUUAUUUUUUUAAUGGAGAACCCUGCGAUGGAGAUGAGCAGUUUCUUAAACAAAUGAAGCGUAGUGUAUUUGUUGGUAAUUUGACUGCUGGUACGCGAAAAUCCGAGAUAAAAGAACUUUUUGAUAGCUAUGGUAAAGUAAUGAGCAUUCAAAUUAAAACUAGAAAUGGAAAAUCCGUUGUUGGUCGUCAACACGUCUCACUGUACAGUCCAAUAAUUGUUUUCGUUCAGUACAGUAAAAAAGAGGAAGCGACACUUGUGUGUAACGCGAAAGAUGUAAAGUUUCCCGUAAAACUAGCGGAUUGCAAUUUACAAUACGAAAAAGAAAACUGCGUUAGAAUAAAUAACGUUGAUCCCAAAAUAACAAAAUUUGAGUUGUUGGAAUACUUCAAAUGCUUCGGAACAGUUCUCAAUAUAUCACUGGAAACUAAUAAUGGUUCAUUGAUACUUACGGACAAAGAGUAUGAAAAGUUGGCUUGUGUUUGUUGCUAUGUGCGUUUUAGUAGAAGAUUUGAAGCUAAAGCAGCUAAGGAGAUGAACGGCCUCAUUUUUAGGGAUCGCAAGUUACGAGUAGAACUAGCUUACCAAAAACACUGUGAUCCAAACAAAAUGAGCAACAAUAUGCUGAGAAUGUUUUUUCAAUCAGUUGGCGAUGUAGUCGCCUUGGAUCAAAUUCCACACCAACACAUGGGAUAUGUGUGUUACAAAAAUCCUUUGCCAACGGAAACUACAAAACGUCUUAAUCAGCGGAUAUUCCGCAAUAAAAUCAUUCAGUUUGAAAAACUUGACAUAGGAAAUAUUAUAAAGGGUCAAAAACAAAGUAAAUCUUUAAGCGAACCAGGACACCUUACCAUUGGCAGCAAUAGCAUCAUCACAGAAAUUGUUGAUAAACUUACACCAUCAUCAUCUUCAACCGUAGGAGCCCCUGAGUUAACUAAUAAAAGAACAAAAAUCAAAACCGUUCCAAAGAGAGUUGGAAAUACAGGCAGUGGACUAUCAAAAUCUAAUGGCAUAGCGAAAAAGAAAGUGCCUCGUAAAAAUGUUGCAACAAUUUCGAAAUUAAAAUCUGUGGACCAAAAAAACAUUUUCACAGAGGAGGUUCCACGAUAAACCGCUGUUUUCCACCAUUCAUUGUAUUAAAGUCUAUAUUAAUGGCUAGUAACGUAUCAGUUUUAUCAUAAGAAUGAAAAAAAUCUAAGUGGCAUAAACAUAUACGUUUUGUUACUGAAAAAUAAAUUCAACAUAUAUUAUCAUUAGAUCACAAAUCAAUAUAUUUUUAAACCUCCCCCAUCUUCGUGAAAUCAAUUUAGGUACCGUUCAAAAAGGUUAUUGAAUAAUCCCAACACAGACAAAAAAAGUAAAAAGUGAAAUGGAGGAAAAAUGCCAACAUUUGGUGAAAAAACGCGAUACGGUAAAGGGGCCAUCCACAUACCACGUGGACAGAUUUUUAACGAUUUUGCCCCCUCCCGCCGUCGACAAAUGCCCAUAUAAAUUCUUUUUUUUCUUGUAGGGACCGUGGACAUUACACAACCCCCCCCCCCCCCCCCAAGCUGUCCACGUGGUAUGUGGAUGGCCCCAAACAGAAAAGUGCAACUCGCCUCGCCCGCGGUCACUGACGAGGCGAGCAAAAUGUUGUAUCAGGGAACGCGAGUGAAACUUGGCUGGUAACAGUUGAGUGACAGAAGAGCUACUCCUCCAAAAUCCGACCGACUCGCCAUCUGCAAUACCAAAAUUGGUUAGACGAGUAACUCGCCGCUUGCUUCGUCUUCUUUAAUAUGAGCCAUGCUACUACCCGCCAUUUUCUUUCUUAUAUGGGUGUUGGGUCGUCAUUCAUUCAAGGGGAGCGAAAAGUGAGUAAAUAAUUGAAUACAUAUAAUGAUAUUAUCAAUUGUUGGCAAAAGCUUUUCAACAUCAGAAAAAAGAAUUAUAAGUUUCCAUUAAACUCUACUAGAAAUUUGAGAAGUAACUGGUACAUAUAAGCACUAAUGAUGAUUGUUAGUAUGUCGCAAUCGAAAUACGUAUUUGUACGGACUAGUAAUAUUGUAAAUAUUUACUUCUCAAAUUUCUAGUAGAGUUUAAUGGAUACUUAUAAUUCUUUUUUCUGAUUUCAUAAAGGAAGUUGUUCUUUAAAGAGUUAUGAAAUUAAAAAUCUAGAAAAUAAAACUACAAGGUAUAUAGCUAGGGGUUGUAUGAAAUGGUGACGUAGGACUAAAUGUAUAUAUUAAAUGCUGCGAUAAACUGUUCAUAGGCAACACUACCGUUUAUAUUUGAUGAUCGUUAUUCGCGUUGACGGUGUUGCUGAUAUUUUUUUGGUUUUUGCAUGCGAAAAAGAAGGAAGAAAAUAUUUUUGCUUUUGUCAUCACGCACAUUUUGACAGUUACAUAUGAGUGUUCACGUAGGUGCGAACAGCCUUCGAGAUCUCUUUCAACGCGAAUAACCCGAAUUGUAAAACUAACGAUGCAUGAAUACAUGGAAAUUUUACCCUAGUAGUAGUUGUGAAAAUUCUCAUAACUCUUAUCUUCAA